AUGAACAACCAGAGUCUGGAGAUGAGAGGCACAGCUUUGCUAUCAUUAUUAGAGAUUAUAUAUAAUCUAAGAAACGAAUUGAUAUUUUUAGCCGCAAGAUUUGGACGAAAUGUUGGCUUAUAUUUUAAACCACUUCAAUACGAGCCCAGAAUAUACCAAAAGGCCGGUCCGGGCGUACAUGUGGUCACAUUGGAUGCCUAUUUUGAGCCAAACAUCGGUGGCUAUACAGGCAUUGUUUACGUGUUAGAAGCGAUUUAUGAUCACCAAUACUUUGCAAUCGAUAAAUACAGCGGCGAUUUAACCACAAAUUGGCAAAUUGACAGAGAAAUAGGACAGUCCUAUAAUAGCACUUAUCAGUAA